UUUUUUUUUUUUUUUUUUCCGGAGCUGAGGACCGAACCCAGGGUCUUGCGCCAAGCGCUCUACUACUGAGCUAAAUCCCCAACCCACUUUUUUUUUUAAAGGAGAUUAUUUCUCUGUGUAGUCUUCGCUGUCCUGGAAUUGACUCUGUAGAUCAAACUAAUCUAAACCCAGGAGAUAGAACCACCUCUCCCUCCUGAGUGCUGGGAUUAAAGGCCAGCGGUGUUUACACAUUUCCAUGUCAACUGUCGAAACGCCCAGACCGUUUACUUUCAGGACAGGGCAAAACAGAUGCACAGUCAGAAGAGAGUAGGAAUCGUCCGGGCACGUCUAUUUCCUAAGUAACGGAGUCAAACUGCAUUCUCAGAAUGACUUUACAAAACAGUGACCAAGAAGUUAGUGUGUUUAGUCUGUUAGGCCUCUUAAUAACACAUGAAAAUAAACAAGAGAGACGCUGCAAAAGAAGCCUUGGUCUGCAGCAAUCGCGAAUGGAGACCUACGGUGGGUGCAGGUGUCUGGGCCUGUGUAAAGAAAAUAAGAGUCGGGAUCCUCCAGCUCUAUUCUUCUUGAGAUAAUGACCAUGGAGUACCCCAGAGGCUCACGGAGGUUUUCAAGUCAAUAAAACUCAAUAAAGCUCAAAUCAGCCUCAAAAGCAAUGACUAUGCAAGUUAUUUUCCCUUUUAAACAAGCACAAUAUGUGCCCGUCAUGUGACAGAAAUCCCACAAGGACUCGACCGGUCGUAGCAACCCAUUUCCAAGAAUCUGAAAAUAGCUUUGGGCCUUCCAAGCCAGACUACGACGGCAGGUGUGGGGCGCAUGCGCGCACGUUCACAGGUUGACCUCCUGGUGGCACCCAAGUGAAGCGGACCUUCUUCCCGACGGGCCGCGGAACACAACCGGUGGGGAAACGUUAUUCUCGCGAGGUCUCGGCUAGCAGCGGCGGCGGAAGUAGCGGACACGUGACUGUCCUAGGCCGCCUUCGCCUUGCCCCCUCCCCCUUCUCGGAAACCCGGCCCCCUCACCCUUCGCCCACCCCAGAGCCGCGGUAAUGGACCGUUUGGGUUCCGGAAUUCCCUUGGAUCCCAACUCUGGUACCAGGCUAGCGGGACUCGGCGGAGUCCGGUUUGGGUGGCAAAAGCAGAGGGGGCAGUCAAGAUGGGGGGGGGGAUCCGCUUCCUUCACCUAGGAAGGAGGCGGGGCGGUGAUGGGAUGGGAGUGUGUGUGGGGGGGUAUGGGGAAGUCACGUGGUGCGUGUCGCGCGCUGUGUGCGCGCGGCGCCUGACCCGUCGCCCCGCCCCCUCUUCCUGCGGGGCGGGGGGUCGGGGGGAGGGGCAUCAAGAUGGCGGCGGGGAGGUAGGCAGAGCCGGACGCCGCUUCUGCCGCCGCCGCCGCCGCCGCCGCCGCCGCCUCCGCUCCUGUCGCCUCCAGCUCCACACCCGUUCACGGACCGGGAGAAGCUAUUCUUUCGUCGGGUCCGGCGGGGAAAAUGGUGGAACCAGGGCAAGAUUUACUACUUGCGGCCUUGAGCGAGAGUGGGAUUAGUCCGAAUGACCUCUUUGAUGUUGAUGGUGGAGAUGCUGGACUUGCCACCCCUACUCCCCCUUCAGUUCAACAGUCGGUGCCACUUAGUGCAUUAGAACUAGGUUUGGAGACAGAAGCAGCAAUUCCUGUUAAACAAGAACCCGAGAUGAUGUCUACUCCGGCACUGUUAAAUGUGAGGCAGCAGCCUCCAUCCACUACAACAUUUGUGCUGAAUCAAAUCAAUCAACUUCCAACCUUGGGAUCUACAAUUGUAAUGACUAAAACACCACCUGCAACAACGAAUAGGCAAACCAUCACUUUGACUAAGUUCAUCCAGACCACUGCAAACACACGCCCUUCAGUUUCAGCACCAGCAGUACGGAAUGCCAUCCCCCCUGCUCCCGCAAAAGACCAAGUUCAGCUAAAGGAUUUACUCAAAAAUAAUAGUUUAAAUGAACUCAUGAAACUGAAGCCACCUGCCAAUAUUGCUCAGCCAGUUGCAACUGCGGCUACUGAUGUCAGCAAUGGCGCAGUUAAAAAGGAGUCUUCUAAUAAAGAAGUUGCAAGGGUAUGGAUAAAUGACAUGAAGAUGAGAAGCUUUUCCCCCACUAUGAAGGUUCCUGUUGUGAGAGAAGAAGAUGAACCAGAAGAAGAAGAUGAGGAAGAAAUGGGUCAUGCAGAAACCUAUGCAGAGUAUAUGCCAAUAAAAUUAAAAAUUGGCCUGCGUCACCCUGAUGCGGUGGUGGAGACAAGCUCACUGUCCAGCGUCACUCCUCCUGAUGUUUGGUACAAAACGUCCAUCUCUGAGGAGACCAUCGAUAAUGGCUGGCUCUCUGCAUUGCAGCUUGAGGCAGUCACCUAUGCGGCCCAGCAACAUGAAACAUUCCUUCCUAAUGGAGACCGUGCUGGCUUCUUAAUAGGCGAUGGUGCUGGUGUGGGCAAAGGCCGGACGAUAGCAGGGAUCAUAUAUGAAAACUAUUUGUUGAGUAGAAAAAGAGCAUUGUGGUUUAGUGUAUCAAAUGACUUAAAAUAUGAUGCUGAAAGAGAUUUAAGGGAUAUUGGAGCAAAAAACAUUUUGGUCCAUUCAUUAAAUAAGUUUAAAUAUGGAAAGAUUUCUUCUAAACACAAUGGGAGUGUGAAAAAGGGUGUUAUUUUUGCUACCUAUUCUUCCCUUAUUGGUGAAAGCCAGUCUGGAGGUAAAUAUAAGACCAGGUUAAAACAGCUUCUGCACUGGUGUGGUGACGACUUCGAUGGAGUGAUAGUGUUUGAUGAAUGUCACAAAGCAAAAAACUUAUGUCCUGUUGGUUCUUCAAAGCCAACCAAGACAGGCUUGGCUGUUUUAGAACUUCAAAACAAAUUGCCAAAAGCCAGAGUCGUGUAUGCCAGUGCCACCGGUGCUUCUGAACCACGCAACAUGGCCUAUAUGAACCGUCUUGGAAUAUGGGGUGAGGGAACUCCAUUCAGAGAAUUCAGUGAUUUUAUCCAAGCUGUGGAACGCAGAGGUGUUGGUGCCAUGGAAAUUGUUGCUAUGGAUAUGAAGCUUAGAGGAAUGUACAUUGCACGACAGCUGAGCUUUACUGGAGUGACCUUCAAAAUUGAGGAAGUUCUUCUUUCUCAAAGCUACGUUAAAAUGUAUAACAAAGCAGUCAAACUGUGGGUUAUCGCUAGAGAGCGAUUUCAGCAAGCUGCAGAUUUGAUUGAUGCUGAGCAGAGAAUGAAGAAAUCUAUGUGGGGUCAGUUCUGGUCUGCUCACCAGAGGUUUUUUAAGUACCUGUGUAUAGCGUCCAAAGUGAAGAGGGUGGUCCAGCUAGCCCGGGAAGAAAUCAAGAAUGGGAAGUGUGUUGUAAUUGGUCUGCAGUCCACAGGAGAAGCCAGAACUUUAGAGGCCUUGGAAGAGGGUGGAGGAGAACUAAAUGAUUUUGUUUCAACUGCCAAAGGGGUAUUGCAGUCACUGAUUGAAAAACACUUCCCUGCUCCAGACAGGAAGAAACUCUAUAGUUUGCUAGGAAUCGACUUGACAGCCCCAAGUAACAACAGUUCACCAAGAGAUAGUCCUUGUAAAGAGAAUAAAAUAAAGAAGCGGAAAGGUGAAGAAAUUACUCGAGAAGCCAAAAAAGCACGAAAAAUUGGUGGCCUUACUGGAAGCAGCUCUGACGACAGUGGGAGUGAAUCUGAUGUCUCUGAUAAUGAAGAAAGCGACUAUGAGAGCUCUAAAAACAUGAGCUCUGGUGAUGACGAUGAUUUCAAUCCCUUCAGAGAUGAGUCCAGCGAAGACAACGAGGACGAUCCAUGGUUAAUUAGGAAAGAUCAUAAGAAAAGCAAAGAUAAAAAAAAGAAGAAAAGUAUCGAUCCAGAUUCCAUUCAAAGUGCCUUGUUAGCAUCUGGUCUUGGAUCAAAGCGGCCCAGUUUCUCCUCAGCACCAGUCAUCUCACCUGCUUCCAACAGUGCACCAGCCAACAGUAACAGCAACAGUAACAGCAGCCUCAUAACGAGCCAAGAUGCUGUUGAAAGGGCACAGCAGAUGAAGAAAGACCUCCUUGAUAAGCUGGAAAAGUUAGCUGAGGACCUCCCGCCUAAUACCCUGGAUGAGCUUAUCGAUGAGCUCGGUGGUCCUGAAAAUGUGGCUGAGAUGACUGGCCGCAAGGGGCGGGUGGUGAGCAAUGAUGAUGGAAGCAUAUCCUACGAGUCAAGGUCUGAACUUGAUGUGCCUGUGGAGAUUCUGAACAUCACGGAGAAGCAGAGGUUCAUGGAUGGAGACAAGAAUAUUGCUAUUAUCUCAGAAGCUGCCAGCUCAGGUAUUUCAUUACAAGCAGAUCGGAGAGCUAAGAAUCAAAGGAGAAGAGUUCAUAUGACUUUAGAGUUACCCUGGAGUGCUGAUCGGGCCAUUCAGCAGUUCGGAAGAACACACAGGUCAAACCAAGUGACUGCUCCAGAGUAUGUUUUUCUGAUUUCGGAGCUGGCUGGAGAACAGAGGUUUGCGUCUAUUGUUGCUAAGAGACUUGAGAGUCUGGGGGCACUUACACAUGGCGACAGAAGAGCAACAGAAUCUAGAGAUCUCAGCAGGUUCAACUUUGACAACAAGUAUGGAAGAAAUGCUUUAGAAAUUGUUAUGAAGUCCAUUGUAAACUUGGAUUCUCCUAUGGUAUCACCACCUCCAGACUACCCUGGAGAAUUCUUUAAAGAUGUUCGGCAAGGACUGAUAGGAGUGGGCUUGAUUAAUGUAGAAGAUCGCUCAGGAAUUCUUACUCUUGAUAAAGACUAUAAUAAUAUAGGAAAAUUCUUAAACAGAAUUCUGGGCAUGGAGGUGCAUCAGCAGAAUGCGUUGUUUCAGUAUUUUGCAGACACACUCACUGCAGUUGUUCAGAAUGCCAAGAAGAAUGGGAGAUACGACAUGGGAAUCCUAGAUCUGGGUUCUGGAGAUGAAAAGGUGAGGAAGAGUGAUGUCAAGAAGUUUCUGACUCCAGGAUACUCAACCUCUGGCCAUGUAGAGUUAUAUACAAUUAGUGUGGAGAGGGGAAUGUCCUGGGAUGAAGCAACCAAGAUUUGGGCCGAGCUGACAGGACCCGACGAUGGCUUUUACUUAUCGUUGCAAGUACGAAUAAGAAACAACAAAAAAACUGCAAUCUUAGUUAAAGAAGUAAACCCCAAGAAGAAACUAUUCUUAAUUUAUCGACCAAACACUGGGAAGCAACUGAAACUAGAAAUUUAUGCUGAUCUGAAAAAGAAAUAUAAGAAGGUCGUCUCUGACGAUGCCCUGGUACACUGGCUGGAUCAGUACAACUCCUCUGCAGACACCUGUACUCACGCAUACUGGCGUGGCAAUUGCAAAAAAGCAAGCUUAGGAUUGGUUUGUGAGAUUGGUCUCCGCUGCCGCACUUACUAUGUACUGUGUGGCUCAGUACUGAGCGUCUGGACAAAGGUGGAGGGUGUUCUGGCCUCUGUCAGCGGCACAAAUGUGAAAAUGCAGAUAGUGCGGCUCAGGACCGAAGACGGGCAGCGGAUUGUAGGUUUAAUCAUUCCGGCAAAUUGCGUGUCUCCUCUUGUAAAUCUCCUGUCAACUUCAGACCAGUCUCAGCAACUGGCAGUCCAACAAAAGCAGCUGUGGCAACAGCAUCACCCACAGAGCAUCACCAACUUGAGCAACGUGUAAAGAGCAGCGGCUUCCUCGCGUGGUUGAGUGCUGUGAGAGCACCACUUGCAUAAAAAUCAGGGACACUUUCCAAAGAAUUUUUUUUUUAACUUCAGUUGUGCUCUCUAGUUAAUUUGGGGGGUGGGGGAGGGUUGUGGAAAACCUGGAAAUAGGCAGCAAAGCUGACAGCGAACAGAGCAGAGGGGACACAUGUCUUUCCUCCUGCUUCCAUGGGGCUGCCUGUGCGCUUUUACCUUGGGUGAGCAGAGCGGAUGUAUGUGUGUGUGAGCAUAUGUGUCAGUCUGUCUGUGAGUUUGUUAAACGCUACAAGGCCACAGUUGGUUGAAAAGGCUUGGAACUUCUCAAACUGGCUUUACUUUUCCUUUCUACAGUGCUCAGGGUUAACACAGUACAUCCUUGUCAUGACUGUGGGAGUUCCCCGAAUGCAUGUAUUUCAAGUCUAAAUACUGAAUAUAUAUAUUGGUUUAUUUUCCAACUUAAACAAUGUCUCCUACAGCAUGAAGUGAAGGGUUGCGUUGCGUGCCAUGCAUUCAGGUUCAUUUGUAGCUUUUGUUGACGGUGCAUGUCUUUGAAAGCAUGUGUAAUCAAGAUUACCACAGAAGUCACAUAUGGAGAGAAACAUUGGACAUGUACAGCAUUGGGUUUUGCAUUUCUAGUGUUGAUACCUGGGUGUUGCUUCUAGCCCUCAACCCUGCCCGCUCCUCCCUGACCCAAGUUUCUUGUUAAAGUAGUAAGUGCAUACUUUUUUUUUUUGUGAUAAAACUCUUUAAAAGUUCAUUUUAAUAUGUUAAUAGUAUUCCUAAUUUGUGCUGCAAACAUGGCUCUGAGCCUUAUCAUAAGUUACGUUUUCCUUAACUUAAGCAUAGUUUUAGGAAGAAAUAUGAUUGGCUUCUGUCUUACACACAAUCUUUUCUACUUCAUUAUCUGACUCUGCUUUGUCAUUCGAACCGGAAACCGUACUUGAGUUGUAAACUAGACAGUGAGAAACACUUGGCUUCUUUCUGCUGUAUGUUGUUCUCGUUACCCAGUAACUUGAAUAUUGUUUAAUGUGCUGUAAGACAUUGUCGAGAUUAUCUCCGCUGUUUAAAAUGCUAAUGUACAAAUGUGAAUAGACACUUAUCUAUAACAUGGGUAAGUUUUGUUUCGCCUAUAAUAGAUGUUUAUAAAAAAAAAUUGAGUGAGGGGACAAUUGGUCUUUUGGUUUUUAUCUCCUUACCUCCCCUUCCCCAAAUUUUUUCUCCCCUCUCCCCUCCCCCCUUUUUUGCUUGCACAGGUUGCACUAUUAAAAAAUUGAGAUUGUAUAAAUCUGGUUUAAAACUACAAGACAACAAAGUCUUGUAGAUGUUGAAUAAAAAAGUUAUUAUACUAACGAAGUGGACUCUUGCUUAGGCCCUCACUGGGGACUCCAGGCAUAGGAUAGCAGGGCUUCUGUAGAGCCUGGUGCUGCUUUAGCCUUCCAGGUAGCCUUAGAGUCUGACUGAGCCCCUUGCUGAAGUCUGAGGCCAUCUUGGGGAUGGGGUAAAUGAUGGUACUUUUGAAUGUUUUUCCAGUCGAAUUGUUUUCUUUGUAGCUUUUUAAUCUUCUCAAAGAAUUGGGUGAGGUGUGUUUAGUGACAGAGACCUGAUGGAGCACAUGGGACUCUCCCUCUGUCCAGUUACUAGGAUUAAGUUUACCGUAAUAUUGCAUUGGAUUUAUUUAUUCUUAGUGCCUCAAAGAACAAAUGGUGAAUGGUUUCUGUUCUUGGGCACGUUUUGCCCAGUGGAUGCAACUGUUAUCCUCAUUCCGUGUAUCUCAGGCAGUGAGUGAUCUCAUGAACAUCAAACAGUGGCCCUCGGUGGCCCUAAUCCAGGUGGCCACUGAGAGUGGGAUUGUGUCCUCCUUUACACAGCCUCCGAGCUUUUGUUUUGAAGUGGCGGACCAUUCAGCUCUCUUGUCAUACUGAAGUAAAAGCCCGAGGAAGAGCAGUAUAACUUGACUUUUUUCUCCAGGAGACCAAGUGACAGAGGAUGAGAUUGAUGCUGUGUCCUAAGGUGCCAGCCCCCUUGUUCUGUGUGUGGAUGUCUGUUUAUGCAGGUCCUGGUUUAUCCAGUGCUUUCAAAGCAGCACCUACAGGAUUUCUCUAGUCCGUUCUUAGUGGACACAUCACCCAUGUUGAUGAUGCUGUGACACUUGGUACUGGAGCACGAGUAUCUGUGUGUCCUGUUCAUCAAAGAACGUUUCUUUACAUUUUUAUUGUUUAAUAAGGAAAAGACCACAAAUAUUAGGCAUCUGAAAGCCCUUUCAAAGCAGACUUCAAAAGGCAAAUAGUAUGGCAGGACAGAUAGAAGCUAGUCAGCCUUCAUCCACUGUGGGGGGUGUGUGUGAGUGUGUGUCCGUGUGUCUGUGUCUGUGUGAGAGAAAUGCCUGGGAUUGGUGCCCAACCUCUCUGGAGGGAAGGAUGUGCUGUUUGCACUCUGCCCCUACAAAAGUCAUAAGGCAAGCUUUGGCAUUCAAGAGUUUUCUUUUGUCCAAAUCCAAGUCUUUUCAGCCACUGUCCUGUAAAGUCGGUUCAGUCUCCUUCGGGGUCUGAAUGCCACGCAGGCAGGCAGGCAGGCAGGCACCCCACGCCUCACUUAACUCUCUUCAGCAUAUGGCCGUCAGCCUCUGAGAUGCCUUUUGUAACGUAGCCCUGAGCAGCAGACCCGAGUGUUGGUCCCAUCAGUGUUUUCAGAGUUUACAGAAGUUUGUGCUGAAAAUCACUCCUAGGUCCCACGCUGCUCAGGUGUGCUAGCUGGGGAGGCCAUGCUCCUCCCCUAGCGAUCCCUGUGCCGCAGGCUUGCCCUCUCCGUGUUCUGGUCAGAUAGUUGUUGGUGCGGUCAGUCAGAAAGUAUUUCUGUAAAUGCAAGUUGGUGAGACAGCAGUUUUCUCUCUUUACUACUAAAUCUCAGAUCUGCUUCCAGGGUCUCUUUUCCUGUGUGUAGACUAGCAAGAAUGUGUACCCAGAGCACUGCAGAUGCCAUAGGUGUGUACAUACGUGUAUGUAUUCUUAACUCAGCACUUACGAAAGCUUUCGAGCUGCAACAAUAAAGCUUAUAAUUUGUUCUGUCUGUGUAGAGAGAAGUUCUAAACUACCAAACUCAAGAGGAAGUAAGCAUUUUAUAGCCACAGUUUUGGCUGUAGCCUUUUUUAUUUGCUGGUUUCUGUACUAUGCCAUUUGAACACUUUCUGAGAAAGCAUAGAAAGGGGUAGGAGGAGCCACCAUUUACAGUGAGGGACCCUUAUCCUGCCCUCCUCUUCCCAUAUUAGCACAAGGGCCAUUGUGACGUGAUUUUGAAAGAAAGUGGAGAGGUUCUUAUCCUGUGAGACCUUACCCAGGGAUCCUGGUUUUUAAGGGAAGACCCUUGUGGACUCUUGCACUUCCUAGGAAUGGAGUUUCAGCAAAGCUGCUAUUAAUCCAGGAUCGACACACUGAAUGUUUAGUUAGUUGGGGCAUCCCCAUGGCAAGAGAAACUGCUAUUAUGGUUUGUUUGUUAAGAGUCUGUCCUGUGGGUAUGGAUUCUGGUGAACCACACACACAAAACACAGGUACUUUGGUCCUCUAGUGCUGAAAGGAACCAAGCAUUCCAUGUUAUGGCUGCAGCUGAGUAGACAAAUUAUUUGCAAGAAAAUGCCUCACCAGGCUAGCCGUCUAAAUGAGAUGAGUCCCAAGGGAGAGAAACAGGGAAAUGCAAGUAGGUGGCAGUUUGAGUGCCCAUCCUCUCCUCUGUGCUGUCCUUCCAUAUGUACAUACUGAAUGUAUAGACGAGUGUGAGCUCUUCCUCGUUGUGAGUGUAAAUCUUGUAAAUCAGGACCCGUUCACUUGGUUUUUUGCUCCUCCUCUUCCUUUCCCUCCUAUUUAUUCUUUUCCAGACUCCCACCUGGGGCAUCUUCGUCCCUUUUUUUUUUUUUUUAAACUUAGGAAACUGUGGAAUACUUCUUAGCAGAGUCAGUACUUUUGUGUUUAAGAGUUCGUCUUUGCCUCGUGGCUCUGGGGUUCUUGUUACCCACAUCUUGGGAUGCAUCUGCGCACCACCCCUCAUCCUGUUACCAGGUGACUGGUUAUGCUCUUUUUUCGUUCUCUGGAAGCUAUAGUGAGCUUCAUCCUUUCAUAUUUGAAAAAGGAAAGGAAAGGAAAGGAAAUGCUUCCUGGACUCCCCUUAAGCACCUCUAUCGUCUUCAGUCAGCCAGAUGCAGCUCCUCAGAAGCCUGACUCAUUGUUGCUCCAGUUGAGACCUGCCUGCUCCAGUCCUCCCGCUCCUGCUGUUUGCCCGAUGGGAAAACCUUGCAGUUAGACAGUAGCUCAGAGCCUGGCUGCACGCCAUUCUAUGGUGUGUAUGAGACCUUGGAUUUCUUUGACCCUUUGACCCCACAGGUGGCAAUCAGAGACUUAUUUUACAACCAGCAUGGAUAAUCUGUUCAUUAUACUGUUGGUCAAAAAUAUUUAUAGGAAGGCAGGAGAUGAGCUUGUAGUACAUGACAGGAGACCUUAGAGAACAGUCAUCAUCCAAGGGAUGACAGUAGUCCUACUGUGGGAGCUACAACAAGCACGAAAGGCAGGUUCAGUGUUGGGGACUCAUUUCUGGCUGGGCAGACUAGAAGCAGACGUGCUGAGCUCUGCGGAAUUGGCGUUGGUGCUAAAGGCCAACAAGGCAGUGGAGAUGGUGCUGAUCUUCACCCAGGGCAGAGCAGUGAGGUUUAUUUGCAGGAUUUUGCACCCUCAAAAAAUGUCCUCUGCAAUUCUCAGGAAAGAUUUCAGUGAACAUUCAACUUGAUGACAGGUUGCAAAUUGUCUACAUUUGGCUAAGUCUUUGGACGUUAGUUGUCACGAAUGAGGAUCUGUCACAGAUAGAUUGCUCCAGCAGAAAUUCCCUCCUGACCCCAGCUCCCUCCCUCUGGUCUCUGAGAUUGACCUGUGGCCUGCAACAUUAGCCAGCUGUCUAUGGGGAUGUGAUAGGGCACAGUUAGUCCAGGAAACCUACAGCAGACAGUUAAGUAUGAUGUACACCCAUUUAGUGCAGAGCAACAGGAGAAGGAACGGAGGCCGCCUUUUGCGCUGGAGGCUUCCUCAGGGCUGAGUCAGCAUGCCAGUCUCCUGGGGCGAGUUAGUGCGGCCUUUCUGAUUCUGGCCUCUAACCCAGACCCCACUCAGGCGUCUUGAAGGCGGUUGCUGUUCUUGCAGUGACUGGCACUGAAGAGGGUAAAGAGGCUUGAGCCAUUCCUGGGUCUACUCUGUGGGACCCGGGGGCCUUUUUCUUCCUUUCUUUUUUUUUUUUCUUUUUGUUUUAAACAUAGCACAAUACAGCCUCACCACUAAACAAGUCACCCAGUUCAUAGUUUCUACUGAAUUUGCAAACUACUCUUAACUUCUUUCAAUAACCACUUUCAUCAUCGACCGUGAGGGGUGGAAGAGGUGCCCUGUGUCUCUGCAAUAAAACUUGUGCCAGGUUCUACCUCCUUGUGCAAAGGGUAUUUUACAUAAAGGCGCUGGGCUUCCUUCCCGACCUGACAUGGUGCAUCUGGAGACAUCUGCAGGAGUCCAGAGACCUUUCCAAAUGACGUCAGAUGUAGACUCUCGGGUGGCCUCUGUCUUCGUCCGUUUCCUUUCGUACUGCUGCGCUGCAUAGGACUAUCCAUCCGGAGGAAAAGUACAUGCUUUUUCCACGCCGCCUGCCACGUUGCUGCCUUCAGCCUCUCCUGGGAACCUGCUCCCCAGUGUCCAGAACUCAGUGCUACCAUCAUUUUGAUAUGUAACUUUCGAAUUCAGUCUCAUGCAAUACAAGUGUGUCCGCCUCACUGAGCAGAGCUCAUUUGUCCUCAAGUAGAAAAUGCUUGAUCCUCACACGGAAAGUACUCUCUGUAUUUAGGUUUUUGUUGUGGUUUUGUGGUUUUGUUUUUGUUUUUGGUUUGUUUUUUUUUUUUCAUUUUUGUUUGGAUUUCGUUUCUGUUUUUGUAAAAUUCUUAAAUAAAAUUAAACAAAUAGA